GGACGCACCAGAUGUUUUCAGUUGUAGGAAAGCUCUCUCAGGAAAGACUCGUUGCACUGCCGAAAACUGAAAGGCUUCAGAGAGAACGUCCUCCUGGUCCAUGUCUUUCAAUAAGGCUGAUACGGUGAACAACAUGUUGAGGGUGUGUGGCAUGAACAAAAAUGGUCAUUGAUUGGUAAUGCACUGAAAGCAUCAAGAUGGCUACAAACAUGUCCGGGAUUUUGGAUGUCUCCGGAAACGACACUGGGUCAGCUAAUAACAGCGUAGAUUCGGGCGGGAGAUUUGAAUGGGCGACCGCGACAAAUCUUACGAUCUUCACUUUGGACGUGGUUCGGACCAACUUGAACGAGUGCUACACCAUGUCCAAGGCCUCUCAAGUGUGGAGCACUAUUUGUGAAGGGAUUCUCUCAGUGAUUGUGGGUAUUUGUGGCCUCAUGGGCAAUGGAGCCACCAUUGCCGUCCUGAGUAGACCGGCAUUUAAAGAGACUUUUCACAAGCUCCUGGUGUGUUUAUCACUCUUUGACUCAUUAUUCAUAGGCAGCGGAUUGCUCAUAUAUGCCAUUCGAGCGCAUAAACUGUAUCUUGAUGGACCGACCGAGGUGCAUUACCUGUUCAUCUUGUUGUACCCAAUGGCCAACAUAUCUUUGUAUGGCUCGAUCUAUGUGACUAUGGCCAUUUCCAUCGAGAGAUACUUGGGCGUAUGCUAUCCGGUGCAAUCGCGGACCCGCCCAAGACGGCACCUCAUCAUUUACCUCAUUCCAGUGGUUCUUUUUGCUGUGGGGUUUAACCUCCCGAAAGCUUUUGAAACGAAAGUGGUCGAAGUUCAGGAUGGUAACAACCACACCCGCUUCCAGGCUAUGAACAGCAAUUUUUCGACCAACACGAACUACACUCACUACUAUAAAGUAUGGUCCAAUCUCAUCGUGACUACGGUCAUUCCUCUGUCCGUGCUCAUCUUCUGUAAUGUGGGUAUUUUUGUGACCUUGAGAAAGAGUCGGAAGUCCAUGUUUGGGGUGUCGAACCAACGUCGCCAGACAGUCCAACAGAAGAACGAAAACGGCUUGGCCAUCAUCCUCGUGGGAAUCGUACUCGUUUUCAUGGUGUGCCAUGCCUCCCGGUUCUUUUUGGCCUUUUAUCACGUGUCUGUUUCCGAAACUACUCAGAGAUGUCUGGAAUCCGAACCCCGGAAUGCAGACUCCGAGCCCCCGGAGUGGUUGUACAUCGUGAGUGCCAUCAACCAUCUGAUGUUAAUGAUCAACUCGUCGGUGAAUUUCUUGAUCUACUGUGCUGUGGGCUCUCGUUUCCGGAAUGCUUUGACGUGUCGAUUGUCCAAUCGCAGCAGUAGUCGUUACACCAUGACCAUGAGGCCUCAGAACAAUCCAACCCAAUCCCCGGCCGGCAUCACCACCACCUUGCCCGCCAAUCCAAUGGAUUUGUCACCAGAGCUGAAGACCCAAAAGACCACGGUCCUCAUCAUGACCAACGGGGGUGGAACAUUGGGGAAGUCACCCUUGAGUAUCAGGAGAGAAUCCGGGAUCUUCUUCGAGGAGGAGCUCGACGACGAUGACGAUCACGGCCAUUUCGAUGAGCACUUCCAACUUGUGCACGAGUCCCAAGGUAAUGGGCCCAUCGAGGACGCGCAUCCGCUCCAAGGCCAAAGGAGCUCUUCCGGUUGUUCCACUCCACCCAAUAGUAGUCAGUCAUCCAGUUCGUCGUGUUUGAAGAAAUCACUUCCACCUUUCCGUUUUCUACUCAAGCGACAUGCCCCGGAAUCUUCAGCCUCAUUGCCUCGGGGAGGUCAUUCCGAAGUGGAAGUAUUUAAAUGGAGGCAUCGCCCCAGGGACUGCCCACCCGAUGGGGCCAGCUCUGUGACUCGAGUCCAUGGAAAUCCGGUCCUCAAAGACCCAUUAAGGCGACAGGAGACCAAAAGUGUCAAGUCAUACACGGAGUCCUCAACAGUGGGCUCCAUGGAUCAGUGGUUAUAAAAUGUCAGCUAUGGGCACUCAAAAGGAGAUGAAACGGCACAAAGUUGAAUGUAGAUCCCUGGUGCGCAUUUAGUUGCUGGAACAUCCGAUCCGGCGACCAACCAUUCCUCAAGCCCGUUUGUGCUCUGCAAGAUGCGUUUCCGUUUUCUAAAUGUGUACGUGUAUGUAGGGAGUUCGUCGUUUGGCUACAGAUUGCAUUAUUUGUCAGGGAAGUACGAGAGAGUGGCCUCCGCCAAGAAGGCUGAUGAUGAGGAGGAUGUGGAGGAUGUGGAGGUCAGGGCCCCAAAAAGUACGUUUAUCGACUACUCAAGUGGAUGCACCUCCAUUCAUGUCAGAAAAGUUCCAACAGAGUGGGUGCAUCACUGGUCAAGAAUGGACCAAGAGAACCAACCGAUCGGGCUCAAACCGAUUCCUGACAGCAAAGUGUUAAAAAAUUUUGAUGAACUUUAACUCAGUAGAAAGAUUCAGAUGUCAGAGAUGAAAUACAUGAUGGAA